AAGGAAAAGUAUGAACUUAACAGAGAGAAUGAGGACAUAAAGGAGAAAAACAAGAACUUAUUUCAAUCUCUGUCUGAAGUAAGAGCUAAGGUUAUAGAACUUCUGGACGAAAAAUCGAGUGUCAUAACUGCCCUGAAGCUAAUUCAGCAAGAAUCAGUAUCACUAGCAGAAAAAGAGAAAAUUGAAGACCUGGAAUCUGAGAACAAAAAUCUAAGAGCUGCCGCAAGAACGCUACAAGAAGACCUUGAUAAGAGCAACAGAGAAAAGCGAGAAUUCGCAAAAGUUAAAAAACGUAGAGAAAAUGCAUCCAUAAGACCAGAUACAACUAUAUCAUAUGAGUUAAAGAACCAGUUCGAAGUUCUCAGCGUUAGUGACUACGAAGAAGAAGUAAACAAAUCUGCAUCAGAUCUGGAUCAAUCAGAGGCUAGACAACAUAAAGACCCGGUAUGA